AAACUUUGAUUGCUAUUGAUAUUUUGUAAUUGAAAAAAGAGAUGAAUUACAAUAAUUGUGGUUUACGGCGAUUCAAAGCCAAUUGUUAUCAUUAUUUUUAUUUUAUAUCUUUGUUUGUCUACAUUGUAUUGUUUGCACAACUAAUACCAGAAACGAAAGCUGAUCCUCAAACGUUUGACAGCUCAAGAUCUUCGCCACCAAUUGAAGUCAGACGUGCGGAAUCCCAGUUGAGGUCCGGCUAUAAUGUAUCUGAUGUUAGACGGGAUGGAAGGACACGACCGCCCGAUCCAUUGAAACCCAUUGAAUAUAUCUAUAAAACACUUAACGAGAGGGGUCUCAUCAAAAUGUGUUCACUAAUGCAAAAGGCAGACCAACAAGAGCUCAAUAAAUUACUCGGUCAGAACUUUACAUUACUGGCACCGAGUGAUGAGGCAUUUGGACUGAUGCCGGGCUCGCAAUAUGAAGAACUUAUUAGUGAUCCAACAAAACGUAAUGAGUUUAUCAAACAACAUAUAAUACCCGAUCGGCUAAUGUUAAACACUUUCCGGGCAUUUGAUGAACGAGAGCUUAAAAAUGCCAACGGAUUGACACAACAUAUCACUGCCUAUCCAAAUGGGUUUGUAGUAAAUGGCGCCAAUGUAGUUGAUGGUGACAUACAGAUCCCCCGAUCAAACAAUUUGAUACAAGUAGUCGAUAAAGUAUUAUAUCCACAAAAGUCACAAAAUCUAUUGGAAGUACUCGAAGACAAUCCACAUUUGACACAAAUUUCAUCAUUUUUAGCACUUUCGGGAUUAGAUAAAGAGCUAAAGGGUAACGACUCGUUUACAUUUUUUGCACCAAACGAUGAGGCCUUCCGAGCGGUUCCCUGGCCUGUGACACAACAGAUGCUGUCCAACAAUACAUUUCUCAGAUUACUUCUGGCUAAUCAUGUAAUACCUGGCAAACAAUAUGCCACCGGUUUGUCCGGUCAUAAACUGUACUCAAUCGGUGGUAAUGUCUUGAACUUUACUACUAAGACAGUUCAAUCGCAUACUUUAGUUUUAGUCAAUUUAGUACCGAUAAUAGAUAAUGAUAUGAUUGCAAACAAUGGUGUAAUUCAUGUCAUCACACGAAUUAUUUUGCCGAAAGAACUGAUGGAUGACUGUAAAUGUUGGCCAAUGAUUACCACAACUACACCAUUGAAUGAUACAACACCCGCAUCAUUAGAAAACGGAUCGACAACAACACUGGAUCCGUUUAAGGAUAUGUUUAACAUGGAUGAGGAUUUGAAUAAAAUCGACCGACGCUAUGGUUUGGCUCCUCCUCCCCCUCCUUCACGCACACCAAACGGUGAUCACUUUACAUCCACACCGAAACCUAUUUCUUUCAAAACGUUUUGGGACGACAUCUUUGCUACGACGGGCGACACAUCAAACACUACAACAAACGGCACUCAAACACCUGCAGCUAAUCAAACAACAGUUCCCACUUCGACAACAACUCUAAGUCCUAAUAUCACAGAAUUUCCAUUGCUUUGGGAUUUUUUAACAACUGAAUUGCCAGAAGCGGCAAAUCAAACAAGAGAUCAGCGCCUUAACGACAGCUAUAGAAAUCAGAGACAAUACACACCAGGAGUGGUAUACUUGGAUGAGUUGAAUAUCACAACUACAACAUCUAAUGGAAGUGUAAUUAAUGAGACGACUACUGCCGCGCCAAUGACGUGGACACGAGCUUUCUAUAGGCCUGAAAGGAGACGUAAUUUUACCGAAACUGGUGCGGAUAACACCACGGAUAUUACGACCCAAUCCACAACUGUGAGCGCAUUUUAUAGACCAACUUUGAAACCAACUUUAAGACCAACCAACAGAAGGCAUACAUUUACGGCUCAGCCAAACAUCGAAUCUAAUGUUACGUAUGCUCCUUAUGACAGACGAUAUGGUAUUUUGAGGGAUAGGCCGUCAAUCAAUGAAACGGAUGAUGGGUUCGGUAGACGAAACUUGCGAAUACAAGAACCUAUUCAACAAAUAAGAGAUGAGGAACAGUAUGUGGAACAGGAGAUUGAACCACAAAAUCGGACACAAUAUCCUUAUCAUAGGGACUCUAAUAUUAUUUCGCAAUCCGAUGAUCGUCCCAAACAACCGCCGUAUGGAAGACAAGAUUCUGCACAACCGUUCGUUAGGAAACCAUAUGAUGGCAACAGAAACGAUUCAUCUCAAGAGUCGCCCGAAAUAGUGCAACAAAAAGCAGAAUCGCCGACCACUUGGACUCAUCAGCAAAAUGUAUCGCAUGUGUCACCAACAAGACAACAGACAUCACCUCAACGUUAUCCACAACAGCCAAACAGAGGACGACAAAAUUGGUGGGACUCUCGCUACGACUCAGAUGCUUAUCCCAUGAGAGCUUACGUUCCGCCAUCAAAGACACAGACCAGACAUCAAACACCAUACGAUCAAUCGAAACCUUUCCAAUCGGCGCACUCCAGACCCAGAGAUUAUAGACCAGGUGUAGUAUAUUCAGAAGAACCUCAAUAUUAUAGACCACCGGAUCAAUCUAGUCGUCCUUAUUAUCGUCCUUUAAAUGACACCAAAUCGGUAACUGGUUAUAGACCGCAACAGCCAUUUGAUCCAAAACGUGGACAAUACCCGACAAGUGAUGUAUAUUUAAAGCCGGAACUUGUCGACCGAUCCUAUGUUCCGGCAUAUAAUCCUUACAGACAACCAGCACCGCCAAUGAUUGUCGGAGAAUAUCCAUUCCAGUCUUUUCCCAGCUUUGAUCAUCCGUACCAUCCAAUGGGUCAGUUUAGACCAAUGAUGAGAGAGCCCAUCACCCGAGGCCAUAGAGUGGAUCCUUAUGAUAGGCGAAGUGGUAUCAAAUCAAUCUAUGAUACAAUCAGACGAAGUGGUGAUUCUCGGCCCUCAAGUCCUUCAGAUGAUAAACAAAGCCCAAAGUCGGCGGACUUAAAAACUGUAAGCGAGAUAAUGGAUUCACCGGAUCUGAUGGUCGGCGGAAAAUUCAAGACAUUCGACAAAUUAAAAGAGUUUAUCAAAAACUCUGGUCUUUGGGAGACAUUGAACAGACCGACAACUUUUAUAACAAUGUUUAUGCCAACUGAUGACGCAUUUGAUGCUAUAACUGAUGGAUCAGUAGAUGAAAUGAAGAGAAAUCCAAAAUUGGUUAGAGAUUUCCUGACACAACACUUACUCGGAUACAGUCUUCAGCCGCAAAAUGUCAGAAAUAAUAUGAGAGUUAAGUCGUUGAACGGAGAAAUGCAUUUGAUUAAUGUCAUCGAUGGUGGAAAAAUCUUAAUCGAUGGUAACGAAGUGAUCGCCGCCACUACAGCCAAAAAUGGUAACAUCUAUGUCAUGGAUAAAGUGCUUGAAAAGGCCGGUCGUAGAUCCCGAUCCAUUGUAGAUGAGCUGAAAAAGAGACCAGAAUUGAGUGCUUUUUCUAAUUUAUUACAGAGAAGUGAUCGUUUCAAGCAAUUAACUCAAGAAAUGGGACCCUUUACUGUUAUGGCACCAACUAAUGAGGCACUAAAUAAUGCUAAUAUUAGAGAUAUUAUUAAAAACCAAAAUGAUUUAAAUGAAUUCAUGAAAAAACAUGUCAUGGAUGGAGCUGUCUAUAGUCAACAGUUGUCCGAUUCAAGUGAUCCACAAGAUUAUCGAGAUAUUAGAAGAAUUGGUUUGAGUUCAGAUUCUUCCAUUUCGAUCAACAAUGAAACCAAAGUAUUAUCUCCAGACAUAACCACUGAGAACGGUGUCAUUCAUGUAAUUGAUGGCAUAUUACCCGAAAAAUUAAAUAUAACAGAAAAGCGUCCACAAAAUACUGGCGGAGGAGAGGAAUCCCAGAGGAAUGCAAAGCAGACAUCAAUGUCAAGAUCGGCACAGAGUUUAGGAAUCAGAAGAUUUACUAAUUGGCUCAAUAAAAGUGGUGUUUUGGACGAAGUAAUCCGCGAUGGCCGACAAUACACAGUGAUUGUGCCCACAGACAGAGCUGUUGGCAAAUUACCGCUUAAAAUACAAUCAAUUUUGAAUAGCGAACCAACACGACUGACUAGUCUUCUGGAGUAUCAUAUAAUUCCCGGAUUUGUCGACACAAGAACUUUGAAGGACAACGAACUGUUGACCACAAUUAAUAACAAACAGAUUAGAUUCAAUAGAUUAGACAAUGGAAGAGUUCAAUUGUUUUCUGGAGCGCCGGUCAACAGACAGUCAACGGAUCAGAAUCUAUUGAUAAUAGCCGUCGACAAUGUCUUAUACCCACCGCAGGGAACUGUUAUCGAAUUAGUCGCAAAAUCUCCUUUACUUAAGACGUUAAACGAGAUCAUUAAGACAGCAAAUAUGACAGAAGAGCUAACAAACAGUACAGACAUUACUUUGUUUGCUCCCAAAGAUGAAGCACUCAAACGAUUGGAACCGGAAGUCUUGGAGCGAUUGAAAACUGAUCAAAACUAUAGCAGAGAAUUUCUUCGCAAACAUCUUAUUUCAAAAGUAUUGUUUACGACUGCUCUUCAAGUGAGCAAUGAGUCCAAUAUUACACAUAAAGAACAGGCGAUGUCUGGAGAGACGCUUAAGAUCUACAGAAAACCCAACUGUGUUUCAGUCAAUGGUAUUAUCCUAUCGUUUGCCGACAUCACUGCAACCAACGGUGUUCUUCAUAUUGUCGAUCAUGUCAUCUAAGUUUUCAUUAAGCUUUCAAUUAAAUAUAAUAUUAUAUA